AUGGGGAAGAAGCCCGCAGUUGUCUUCAUAGCCAGGCACGGCGCGCGCCUCGACCAGGCGGACAGAAAUUGGCAUUCGACCGCCGAACAUCCCUAUGAUCCUCCUCUGACUUACGGUGGCUGGGUUCAAUGUCAAACGCUGGGGGCCAGAAUCAGCAAUGAGUUACAUAAUCUCGAUAGAGAACAAAAGUUGGGCGUCGACAAGGACGAUGCCUCCGUAGACCAUCGGCCGCCAAAGCGACGCAAGAUCAUUAUACAUACCUCCCCAUAUUUGCGAUGUGUUCAGACCGCAAUUGCCAUUGGCGCUGGUAUCCAGCACCCUCAAAACCACCGUCAGCCUGGCUUGAAAGGCCGCCAGCGCUCCAACUUUUCGCUUUCAGACCAUGCACUAGAUGCCACUUCGCCUUCUGCUGAGGCUGAUCAAAACACUCUACACCAAACCUCUAGUCGAGACCUUUCACAAACAAACCGUCUAGGAUAUAACACUUGCCUGUUGCGUAUCGACGCUUUCUUGGGAGAAUGGCUUUCUCCGGGCUAUUUCGACCAUUCUACUCCUCCACCUUCCUCUGAUGUGCUUGUGUCACGGGCAAAGAAGGCGUUGCAAAUCCCACAAGAGGAGAUCAAAGGUGCCGAUAUGGCCGCUUCCUAUCACCCUGAUCUGUUGUCGCCCGAUGCGGAGGAAAAGGAAAACGAAGUGACAUUGGCUCAGGCCCAGGAAAAGACGGGCCUAAGGGCCAUGGCCGCCGCCGGUCAUUCUUUUCCAAAGCGGCCACGCAAUAUUUCAUUCGGGACCGAGCUGGCCAACGGGGCAAGGCUUCUCAACCGGUCUCUCCAGCGCCAGACUCUCGGCUAUAGUCCCCCGAUCCCUAUGUACGCCAUGGGCGCCUCGGACAAGAUCCCUCCCGGCUUUGUUGCUCACGCUCGGGAUUGUUGUGUGGUGGUUGAUCAGGAUUGGGACAGUCAGAGUCCGGACUUGGACUGGGGCGAUGGGGGUUCUUUCGACGAAGAAUGGGGGACCAUGCAUCGAAGAUUCCGCAAUGGCGUGCAGAAAAUGAUCUCAUACUACGAGGCGCAAGCCGAACAGCAGCAGGAAGACGAUGAAGAUCUGAUUCUGGUCUUGGUCACUCACCAAGCCGGCUGCAACGCUUUGAUCAGGCUCUUCACAGGUGCCCCCGCCCUGCACGAUGUUGGUCCGGCUUCAUUAACCAUGGCUGUCCGGGAGCUGGAGCCACCUGCAACUGACGAACCACACUCUCCGUCGGGGCGACGGGAGUCUGUUGACCUGACCAUUUCGGGCGCCUAUACCAUGAAGUUCAUUGCUUCGGUUGAACAUCUCCGCAGCGGUUCGAAUCACUCGCCCCGAAUGGGCAUUUCGCCAGGCUUUGCAAGCCGUCGCGCAGUUGGUGCGGAUAUGCCUGAGGGCUUUGCCUUGGGAGAAUCCCUGAACCACCGUUCAUCAGUAUCAUCGCUGGGCAGAAGUAGCAGUCAGAGAACGUAUGUUCCGGAUGCGUCGGGUGAUGUCGAACCCCCGACCGGUCUCUGGCGGCGUGGCAGCCGGUAUUCAAGGGACGAGACGGCCGAGUCGAGUGAAGCGGUGGUGACCCCGAGCUUGCAAGGCGUCGAUAACCCCAGCAGCAUCCCGGAAGAGUUAUUGGCACCCGCACCUAAGGACGAUGAUCAAAAGACCGAGGCCUUUCCUCCUUUGCCUGUCAGGAGCGCGAGCCAGAGGGGCUUAUGGGGUGAUGAUCCAGUCACCAAAGAACGAAGUCCCGGCAAGAGGCGAUGGACUGCGGUGGAACGCUCGCGCUGA